AGGGAGCUAUAAUGGAUGAGCAACUCAUCCCUCCAUGUCAGACCACUUCUCUUUUAACUAGGACUUGUUCCAUUUCUUCUUUCUCUUUCCUUGAUGACCUUUACCUUUUUCUUCUCUCAAUAAUUCAUCCAUUAUAUUUUUCUCCUUUUGAUGCCUCCUCCAAAGCCUCUCUUUCUCCGUCUCCUUUUUCUUUACUUAUUCAUCCAAUACCAUUUUCAGUCUUCUCACCUCUAAUUAAACCUUAUUCUUUGGAUAUAAACUAAUCAAAAGGGUGCAAGAAAAAAAUGGUGGAGUUUGGUUAUGAACAGCUUGUGAAAGCGACCCAAAGUUUCUGUCCGUCAAGACUGAUUGGCAAAGGCAGCCAUGGAGCGGUGUAUCAAGGUGUUCUUCAGGACAACCGAGUAGUAGCGGUGAAGAGGUCAUCUAUCAAUGGUGUUGAGGCACAACGUGACAACUUGAAGAAGCUAGAAAAUGAAAUAUCUAUACUCUCAUCUUUACGUCAAAGUUGUAAUGUCAUCAGCUUUCUCGGAGCGAGUCAUGACUCGGUCCAGAACGACAAGCUUUUGGUGAUGGAGUUGAUGCCUAAUGGUUCCUUGCAUGAUUUACUACACGUUGCAGCCACCCCUCCUUCUUGGCCUCAACGUGUAGAGAUCGCUCUGCAAAUCGCAAGGGCGGUUCAGUUCCUUCACGAAAGCAAGCCUUCGGUUAUCCAUAGGGAUAUUAAAUCUGCUAAUAUUUUGUUUGAUUCAAACUGGACUGCUAAGUUGUGUGAUUUCGGACUCGCCAUCUCGCCGGCAGACUCGCUGAGUCAGGCCACUCAACCAGCAGGUACGAUCGGGUACUUGGACCCUUCGUACACCGCCCCGAAUAAACUAAGCACUAAAAACGACGUAUUUAGUUUUGGGGUAGUUUUGUUAGAGAUCAUUAGUUGCAGAAAGGUAAUUGAUGUCACUAAAGCACCGGCUUCCAUUGUUGAAUGGGCAAUUCCUUUAGUGAAAAAGCAAAGGGUGGUGGAAAUCUGCGACUCCAGGAUUCCAUUUCCGAUGUACAUGGAAAGCAGGAUAAGGAGAAUAUUAAGCGUGGCAUCACGUUGUUUAUCAGACAAGGAAGAGCGCCGUCCUUCAAUCGGAGAAAUCAUUGUGGCAAUGGAGACUUGUUCCAUUGAACCGGUCAGAAGUAUAACAACCUGGAAUAGCGUCAUACAGUACUUGGUUCAACUCAAGAGGCGGCGAAAGCUGAGUGGGGAAUAUUGCAUAAGGUCAGCCGUUUAUUCAACCCGACAAGGUGAAGAUGUUAAUAGCCAUGUUUCGACGGGAAAGUAGUGCUGCUGAAGGAGAUGUUAGCAGAUGUUAGAUUGAAAUGAGUUUUGUUGAAGCCGAGUUGACUCGGUUGUGAAUGGGAGAUGAGUCAAAAAUGAACUCGUGUGGGUCAAUGGGUUUGGUUUGGUUGCCUUUAUUUGCCUAUAUAUAAUGCUGGUUUUAAUCAAAACAACAUGCAUUCCAAACAGAAGAUUCCCGAAAAGUUGGUAGCCAAAGAAUAUAAGAAAGCUUCGUUUGAUGCCCUGUCAUUCCCUGUUCAUGUCUAUACUUUAUUUAUCUUUUCCUAUAUAUAAAAUAUACUGGUUUUUUUUUUAACAUUAAUUAUAAAA